AGCCCCAUCCAACCUGGCCUUGAACGCUGCCAGGGAUGGGGCGUCCACAACUUCCCUGGGCAGCCUGUGCCGGUGCCUCAUGCCCUCCGCAGUAAAGAAUUUCUUCCUUGUAUCUCACCUAAACUUCCUCUAUUUCAGUUUGUGUCUGUUAGUCCUUGUCCUAUUACUGCAGUUCCUGCUGAAGUGUCCCAUUUUCCCUGUUUUGCCCCUUCAGAUAUUGGGAGGGGCUAGGAGGUCUCCACACAACUUUCUCUUCUCCAGGCUGAACUGCCCCAACUUUCUCAGCCUGUCUCCGUAAGGGAGGUUCCCCAGCCCUCUUACCAACUCCAUGGCCUCCUCUGGACUUGCUCCAACCAAUCAAAAUGCUGCCAACCACGCUGGUUAAUUCUGGGAGCCAGGGCAAUGGUGUGCUGAGCCGCAGAGAUGCUGCGAGGCACACGGCCGGAGCAAAACGCUACAAGUACCUCCGAAGGCUCUUCCACUUCCGACAGAUGGACUUCGAGUUCGCACUUUGGCAGAUGCUUUACCUGUUCACUUCACCACAGAGGGUUUACAGGAACUUUCACUACAGAAAACAGACAAAGGACCAAUGGGCAAGAGAUGAUCCUGCUUUCCUUGUGCUACUCAGUAUCUGGCUCUGUGUGUCUACUGUAGGAUUUGGAUUUGUUUUGGACAUGGGUUUUUUUGAAACAAUAAAACUGCUACUUUGGGUUGUAUUCAUAGACUGCGUAGGCGUGGGGCUCCUGAUUGCAACUCUCAUGUGGUUCAUUUCAAAUAAGUACUUAGUGAAGCAGCAGAACAGAGAUUAUGAUGUGGAGUGGGGAUAUGCCUUUGAUGUACAUCUGAAUGCUUUCUACCCUCUUCUAGUCAUUCUGCAUUUUAUCCAGCUGUUCUUCAUCAACUAUGUCAUCAUAUCUGAUUCUGUCAUUGGGUAUUUUGUUGGGAAUACAUUAUGGCUGAUUGCAAUUGGCUAUUACAUCUACGUGACGUUCCUAGGAUACAGUGCAUUGCCCUUUUUGAAGAACACAGCUAUUCUUUUGUAUCCAUUUGCACUUCUCAUCAUGCUCUAUUUGAUCUCAUUAGCAUGUGGAUGGAACUUCACCAAGAUGCUUUGUUCCUUUUAUAAAUACAGAGUGAAAUAAAACCAGGACUUCAUGUAUCUAAUGUUUAUUUUGUUUCUACCUUAGCCAUUUUGACAGUAAAGAAAAAAUUAAGAACAUUUUGUAUGUAAAUGGUUGUAAAUUUCUCUUUAUUGUAGAUAAUUGUGUAAAAAAGUUUGAAGUGUCCUUUUUUAUUAAAAUAUUUACAACAGUAAACAUGUUAGCAAUUUUGUUCAAAUACUUUCGCAGUACAUUCCUAAAAACAAGU